GGCUUCCAUCAGCGUAACCGUUUUCUUUUUUGCAAGGCACCUCUCACCCCUCUCUCUUCUUUGUGUUAUACACCCCAAUGAUAAAUUCACUAUUCGUUCUCAAUGCGCAAGGAAAGAUUAUUAUUGAGAAGCAUUGGCGUGGCAUGAUUUCCCGGCAAAUUGUCGACGUAUUCAACGAUGAGUGUGCCAAAUUUAUGAAUACCGCGCCUGGCACUUUGGACGAUAAAACGGGACUUGGUUUGAAGGAAUCAUAUUUUACACGAGACGAUGUUCCCCCAGUUUUGGAAACGAACAAGUACUGGUUGCUAAAUGUGUUACGGCACGAUUUAACAUGGCUCUGUCCUGUGGAACGGGAAGUGGAUCCUAUGCUGGUCUUCGAGUUCAUUCACCGCAUCAUCGAUAUUUUGACGGACUAUCUCGGUGAAGUGUCCGAAAGCUCAAUACGAGAAAACUUUGUCACAGUGUAUCAGUUGCUGGAAGAAAUGAUCGAUUACGGAUACCCGUUAACAACGGAACCAAACGCAUUGAAAGAAUUGAUUAUGCCGCCUACCAUUAUGAACAAAGUCAUGUCCACGGUGGGUGCAGCCACAGGCGUCGCGCCCAAGUUGCCACAGAGUAUGUCCAAUAUUCCUUGGCGUAAGGCGGGUGUCAAGUACGCACAGAAUGAGAUUUAUUUUGAUAUCAUUGAAGAGAUCGAUGCUACGGUUACAGCGACUGGAUCUGUGGUAUCAUGCGAAGCCCACGGUACCGUUGUCGCACAAAGCAAGCUUUCGGGUAUGCCUGAUUUGACAUUGAGCUUUGUCAAUCCACGGGUGAUUGACGAUGUCAGCUUCCAUCCGUGCGUAAGGUAUCGAAAAUGGGAAAGCGAAAAGGUGUUGUCAUUUGUGCCUCCCGAUGGUCGAUUCAAACUCAUGUCUUACCGCGCUGCUCUGUCACCUUACCAAGCCAUGCCGCUUCAAGUGAAGCCACAAUUUUUACCGUCAAAGAACGGAGGCAAAUUCGAUAUUUCCGUCCAUCCGCGUACGAGUGACGGAAAACCUGUUGAACAUAUUACUAUUACCAUACCAAUGCCAAGAUCGACGACGAGUGUCACGGCAACGUGCAAUAUCGGACAGUAUAUGUAUGAUCCCGUAAGCAAGACCAUCAAAUGGGAUAUUUCAAAACUGCAACAACGCGAACGUGCACCGAUGCUUUCGGGAACCUUUAACAGCAGCGAAUCGAAUCCAGAGGUGGGCAUCACGAUCGGCGCCGAUUUUCAAAUCACAAUGUAUGCCGUAUCUGGGUUGAAGAUCGAUACGCUACGUUUAUUCCAUGAAGGUUACAAACCAUACAAGGGUGUGCGCAGUUUAACAAAAGCAGGUCAAUUCCAUAUUCGAACGUAGUUGAUAAAAACAAAAGUAGAAAAAAAGAAGGAAAAAAAAGGAC